AUGAAAGAAAGAAGUCAAGAAAAGUGUAAAUCUGUUCCCAAAGAAGAUCUAUCUAAUCAAGAAGACGAUUCUGGUGAUGAGGCAGAUGAAACAUCUAGUGUAGGCAGUACUUCAACCACAGAUAACACAUCUAGGAGUGCUACACCCACAAACAGAACUCGCAAAGGACGUAAGGGUAAAAAACGCAUCAGCAACACUCCGAAAAUAUUGAAACCUAUCUACAAAUUUUCUUGCAAUAUAAAAGAAGACCAUGGACAGCCACUAUUUGGAGCACAAUUCAAUCAUCAUCUCAAAGAAGGCCAACCUUUUAUUUUUGCUGCUGUUGGUAGCAAUAGAGUUAGCAUCUAUGAGUGUCCUGAAGGAACUGGUAUCAAACUGGUUCAGUGUUAUGCAGAUCCUGAUCUUGAUGAAAACUUUUACACCUGUGCUUGGUCCUAUGAUGAAGAUUUGGGGAAGCCCCUACUGGCAGUGGCAGGCUCCAGAGGGGUGAUUAGAAUCUUGAAUCCAGCCACAAUGAGUUCAAUCAGACACUAUAUUGGCCAUGGUCAUGCCAUCAAUGAGCUAAAAUUCCACCCAAGUGAUCCCAAUUUAUUGUUAUCUGUUUCUAAAGAUCACUCUUUGAGGUUAUGGAACAUAAAGUCUGAUGUUUGCAUUGCCAUAUUUGGGGGUGUUGAAGGACAUAGAGAUGAAGUACUCAGUGCAGAUUUUGACUUGUUAGGAAAUAGAAUUAUGUCUUGUGGAAUGGAUCAUUCUCUGAAAUUGUGGAAAUUGAAUAAGGACACUAUGAAAGAAGCUAUUAAACAGUCUUUCCAUUGGAAUCCAAAUCGAAAUUCAAGGCCAUUUGAUUGUUUGAAGGAGAAUUUUCCGGAUUUCUCUACAAGGGAUAUACAUAGGAAUUAUGUUGAUUGUGUGAGAUGGUUUGGUGAUUUUGUACUGAGUAAAUCUUGUGAAAAUUGCAUAGUAUGUUGGAAACCUGGUAGGUUAGAUGAUGAAAACCUUAGAAAAGGAGAGACAAGUUCAACAGUCAUCCACAGGUUUGAAUAUAAGGAAUGUGAGAUUUGGUUUGUAAGGUUUGCAAUGGAUUUUUGGCAAAAGAUUCUGGCAUUAGGCAACCAAACAGGAAAAGUUUUUGUAUGGGAUUUAGAUUUUUCAGAUCCAGCACAGGCUAAAUGUUAUACACUGCAUCAUCCCAGAUGUACUACUGCCAUAAGACAGACAUCACUCAGUAGAAAUGCCAACAUUCUUAUAUGUGUUUGUGAUGAUGGCACAAUUUGGAGAUGGGAUAAAAUAGCUUGA